GGUUCUUAGGGAAUCAAAUAUGCCAGAGAUCGUUACAAAUGGAGUUAAUGAUGAAAGAAGAGUAAAUGAAAUGAAUGAGAUUGGGAACAUUUCACCCUUGAGGGAAACCCCAAGUCCAAUCAAGAACCUGAGGAGUUCCUUGAGUCCACAAAGAAGACAAAGUGUUGGUCCAAAUUUUCCUGUUAAUAGGGUGAUUGACACUUCCUCAAUUGAUAGGCUUCAUGGAAAUGUUUGUGACAAGCAAAGUUCUAGUCAAUCACCCUCAAGACAAAGUUUUGGAUCCGAUGGCAAUGAGUCAAAAACCGAUUCAGAAUUGCACAAUCUAGUGAAAGAGGGAGUAAAGAAAAAGACAAAAGGGGAUUCUAGAAGUGAAGCAUCUUCCAAAAUGGGCAGUUUGUCAAAUGAUAAGAAGUUGGAUAGGAUUCGGCCAGCAACUGCAAGUGGUGUUGUUUCACAAAAACUAAAGAAAGCAUCACAAUCACAGUUGGCCCUUGAAUUUCCAUCAAGAUCAAGACCAAAGGGAAAAAGCCCUCCUCCAAAACCUCCUGUUGAUAGGAAGAAUGAUAAUAACCCUUUGGGGAAACAAAAUACAAGAGUUAUCCGCGUGAAAAAAACUGUUGGUGGAAGAUCACUGUCACAAAGUCACAUUGAGAAUUUCACUGGAUCAGCAUUGGAUAGGCCUGAUCUGGGACUAGCUUUACUAAACCAAGCAAGGAACAUGAUUUCAUCGGGAGAUAAUCCGAUGAAAGCUCUUGAAUUAUCUCUUCAAGCAAUGAAAUUGUUUGAGAGAGCUGCUGCUUAUGGGAAACCAAGUUUGGAUUUGGCCAUGUGUUUACAUGUUACUGCAGCAAUAUAUUGCAGUUUGGGACAUUUCAGUGAAGCGAUUCCAAUUAUAGAGCGCUCAAUUGAGAUUCCCACUAUUGAGGAAGACCACCAACACGCCAUUGCUAAAUUUGCCGGUCACAUGCAUCUAGGAGACAUAUAUGCCAUGUUAGGCCAUCUUGAGAAAUCAAUUAAGUGCUACACUGAAGGGUUGAAAGUACAAAGGAAGGCUUUGGGAGAAACAGAUCCAAAAGUUGGUGAAACUUGCCGGUAUGUGGCUGAGGCUAACUUUCAAGCAUUGCAAUUUGAUGAAGCAGAGAGGCUGUGCCAAAUUGCCCUUGACAUUCAUAGAGCAAAUGGUUCACCCUCAUCUCUUGAAGAGGCAGCUGAUAGGAGGCUAAUGGGACUUAUAUGUGAAGCAAAUGGAAAACAUGAAGCAGCCUUGGAGCAUCUUGUUUUGGCCAGCAUGGCAAUGGUAGCAAAUGGCCAACAUGUGGAAGUAGCAUCUGUUGAUUGCAACAUUGGAGACACAUACUUAUCCUUGGCUAGAUAUGAUGAGGCCAUCUUUGCAUAUCAGAGAGCAUUGGCAGUUUACAGGACUCACAAAGGUGAGAAUCAUCCUUCUGUGGGAUCAGUCUUUGUACGCCUUGCUGACUUGUAUUGCAGGACAUGGAAGAUAAGGGAAUCAAAAUCAUAUUGUGAGAGUGCACUUAAAAUCUAUGAGAAUCCCAUGCCUGGGGUCCCUCCAGAGGAGGUUGCUAGUGGUUUUAUGAAUGUCUCAGCCAUUUAUGAGUCAAUGAAUGAGCUAGAACAGGCACUUAAGUUACUUCACAAGGCACUAGAGAUACUUAAUGAAGCCUCUGGUCAGCAAAACACAAUAGCUGGUAUUGAAGCUCAGAUGGGAGUCAUGUACUACGUGUUGGAGAACUACACUGAAUCUUACAAUACUUUCAAGAAUGCUGUGUCGAAGCUUCGUGCUACUGGGGAGAAGAAAUCUGCAUUCUUUGGUACUGUUCUUAAUCAAAUGGGACUUGCUUGUGUGCAGCUUCAUGCCUUAGAUGAGGCUGUCGAAUUAUUUGAAGAAGCGAGGGUCAUUCUGGAACAAGAGAAUGGACCUUAUCACCCUGAAACACUUGGAGUAUAUGGCAAUCUUGCUGGCACGUAUGAUGCAAUUGGAAGGUUGGAUGAAGCAAUUGAAAUUCUUGAAAACAUUGUGGUAAUGAGGGAGGAAAAGCUUGGGACAGCAAAUCCUGAUGUUGUUGAUGAGAAGAGAAGGUUGGACGAGUUGUUGAAGGAAACAGGCAGAGUUCGGAACAGAAAAACCAAGUCACUCGAGAUCCUUUUUGACGCCAAUCCUCGUACUAUAAAAAACCUUGUCGUUGAGGCCUGAUCAUGAUGAUAUUGCUAGCUAGCUAGGACUGAUGAAAAGCUCUUAUGUUUUUACGGGAAUUCUAGAAAUGGAACAAUGAGCAUAUAUAGAACAAGUCGUGACGGUGGUAGUUUAUGUCGGUAAAAUCUAAUGGAAUGAAUGAAGAGUUCGAUAUUUUAUGCUAAAUUAUUGCCCAAAGCUAUAUUCUUUGUAGAUACAAUGUAAUUAUUCACCGUUUUUGGAUAUG